AUGCUAUUCCCGGCCGAGAUUUUCCCGCUCGAAGUGCGGGCCAGAGGCAACGCGUGGGGGGUGGUGGGGUGGAGCAUCGGCAACGGGUGGCUGACGCUGCUGUGCCCGGUCAUGUUCGACGCCAUUGGCGAGAAGACGCUGUACAUCUUCGGCGCGUGCAACUUCGCCGCCGUCCCCAUGGUCUGGGCGCUGUACCCCGAGAGCAACCAGCGCACGCUCGAGGAGAUGGACCUGCUGUUCGCCGCGGACACGCCGUGGGUGUGGGAUGCCGAGAGGAGGUUUGCCGAGUUGAAGGCGCAGAUGAUGGCCGAGGGCGGGGGCGCGACGGGAGAGGUGGAUAAAAAGGCGGCGGUGGAGGGUGAUCCGGAGCGGCGGGUGGCGGCGCGCGCCCAUGUCGCGAACAUUGCGGCUUUGUGA